AUGCACUGCUCCAAGCCCGACCACCCUCCGGGACGAACCUUCAAUAAAAAGCUGUCGGACAAAGUUCCUGCAGACUGUCAUUCACAUACUUCACAGACAGCGUACCUAAGCAUCGAUACCCAGUCCGUGGUGCACAACGGAUCCGAGUCCCCAGCCACGGCAACACGAACGCCGGAUGGUCAGACCCUAGAGGAGAUCACACGAUCUCAACAAUUUACAUUGCGCACGCUUCCAGCUUGGAUCCGGUCGAUCGAAGAAGUCGAGGAUGACGCCGAGGGAGCCGCGGCAACCGACCAACUACUACCCUCCCAGCCUCAUGAUGCGCAAGUCGCUCAGCAUAACCACACUCCUUAUAAUAUAUCAAGCCACGACUUUGCACAGACGCAUGAUCCAGGUUUCUCAGAAGAGACUUUCCCAAUCCGGGAAUCGCGAUGGGCGACGUUUUCGCGUAUGAUCCAGUAUCCACAAGGGUAUGUGGACGAAUCUAAAGAGGUCACGUCGGAUUGGUUGAAUGAGAACCACGGGGACUUAUCGAGUCCAUGGCGCGGUAAGCUCUUGGACGAAGACAGCCCAGAACACCCCCUGCAUAUCAAACCGCGCAGGCGGGAAAUCUGGAUUAAGCGCUUCCGUAUCUCGCUGUUGAGAAGUCCAAUAGUGCCGCUUAUAUUACGACUGACGGUCUGGUUCUUCUCGUUGUGUGCGCUGGCGUUGGGCGGAUCUAUACAGCAUUUGUCAGAUAAGGGCCACACCGACCAGGGCCCGUCAGCAUUAAUGGCUAUCAUUGUUGACGUAGUGGCAUUGGUUUACCUUGUGUAUAUCACUUUUGAUGAAUACACCUCGAAACCUCUGGGAUUGCGCUCUCCUUCGGCCAAGGCGCGGCUCAUCCUUCUUGAUCUCUUUUUCAUUGUCUUUGAUUCUGCCAAUUUGAGUUUGGCAUUUAAUUCCCUGUCCGAGGUGACUGGCUCCUGCACAGAAGCAGAGGUGAAUCAAAUAUUAGACCCUCGGAACGACAAGAUCUGCGUACGACAGAAGGCCCUUGCCUCUGUUUUGCUGGUUGCGUUGAUUGCUUGGCUCUUGACGUUUUGCCUUAGCGUUCUCAGGUAG